GUGAAUUCCACAAUAACAGAAGAAGAGAAAUAAUAGAGUAUUGCAAAUCAAAGUUUAAACGCGCACUGUCACUCUUUUUAUGUCUGCGAUAUCUAAACCCACUCCACCGUCUUGUUACGGUGACCUGUAUUUUAUGAACACAGUUUGUUAAAAGUAAACUACAACUUUACGCGCAUCACGAAACCAUUUGAAAGUAGGUUUCGGUAAUACAUAUGAUUUUAAACUUUCUGAAAUGCAAUAGAGCUUUUUUAUUGUGUAGUCUAUAGAGACUCCAGCGUAAGACAGACCACACACAGAGUCGUAUACAGGCUGAGAGAGACGGGGAGAUUUGAGCCGCCAUUGCGGUGGUAGUUUCUGAGACUCAUCAGCGCCAAACUGGGAAUAAAAUCACGAUACCGACACUUUAAACGAGAUUAAAUAUCAUCCAGAGCAGCGAGACAUCUUUGUGAGAGGAUAAAGCAAUGGAUCUCCAGCCUCUGCAAACAUAUCCUUGGUCUGCAUUUGGAUGACAUAGCGUGUUUACCAUGAACACCAGCAGCAAUGAAAGCUUACUGGGGAACACCACAGACGUGAGAGACAGCAGCGCCUGGGUCGUGGAGUCUGUCGUCAUAUUAGCCAUUGCCUUGUUUGUCUGUCUGGGCAAUCUGCUUGUUGUGUUGACCCUUUAUCGGAAGCCCUACCUCUUAACACCAAGCAAUAAGUUUGUCUUCAGCCUAACGCUUUCCAACCUCCUUUUGUCGCUACUGGUGCUGCCAUUUGUCGUUGCCAGCUCUCUUAAUAGAGAAUGGCUGUUUGGUGUUGUAUGGUGCAACUUCACGGCACUGUUAUAUCUGCUCAUCAGCUCUGCCAGCAUGCUCACACUGGGAGCCAUUGCCAUCGACAGGUAUUAUGCUGUGCUGUUCCCAAUGGUCUACCCUAUCAAGAUCACAGGCAAUCGUGCAGCGGUGGCCAUAGUCUACCUGUGGCUGCACUCUCUGGUGGGAUGCCUGCCUCCUCUGUUUGGCUGGUCCACAUUUGAGUUUGACCAUCUCAAGAAGACCUGUACCGUGGCCUGGUAUCGUGACGUCAGCUACACUGCAUUCUGGGUUGCAUGGUGCUGCCUGAUUCCACUGUUUGCCAUGCUGGUGUGCUACGGCCUCAUCUUCCGCGUGGCACGGCACAAAGCUCGCAAGGUGCACUGUGGGACAGUUGUGGUAGUUCAGGAGCCCCCGUCCUCCAAUAGGAACGGACGAAAGAACUCCACCGCCUCGGUUUCUUCCGUCGGGAGCCGAAGAGGUUUGAUCUACGCUGGAAGCCAGUGUAAAGCCCUGGUCACCAUUUUGGUGGUGGUUGGCACCUUCUUGAUGACGUGGGGGCCGUAUGUGGUAGUGAUCUGCACUGAGGCGGUAUGGGGGCGAGGAAGUGUGUCACCAGGACUGGAGACGAUGGUGACCUGGCUGUCGUUCAUCAGUGCUGCCUGUCAUCCUCUCAUAUAUGGGCUGUGGAAUAAAACUGUAAGGAAGGAGCUGCUUGGCAUGUGCUGUGCUGACCGCCACUACCGGGAAUCAUUCAUUAGUCGCCACAGGAAGUCCCGCCUCUUUAGCAUCUCCAACCGAAUCACAGAUCUUGGUAUGUCUCCACACCUGACGGCCAUGUUGGCUGGUGGAGGCCAGCUUUUAGGUGCUGGCAGCAGCACAGGAGACACUGGCUUCAGUUUUUCCCAGGACUCAGGUACAGAUAUCAUGUUGCUGGAUAACUGUUCUGAAGGAGCAGAAAGCUCACACUACUGUGCUUUAGUCAGCAAGCGCAGGAGUUCAGUGAUGUUUGAGGACCAGGUGGAACAGCAGUCUAAAGCAGAUGAGGAUCAGUCUCAGUGCCUGGUGAAGGUGGAGAUACACCAGGUGAUUGACAGCUUUGCAUCCAGUAUGGCGAAAGCCAUCGAGAGCGAUGCCAAACUUCUGCUGUUCAGUACAGAGUCUCUGGCUGACAGCGUUUCAUCGUGUCAACCCGCACAGAGGAGCUCAUGCUAUCCGGAUGGACAGAGGGUCCGUCUGGAGAGCAUCGAUGAGGGAAUCGUUAACGAUGACAAGGUUGAAGACAACGAGGAUGAAAUCGAGGAAAUAUGUGCAUAAAUAAAUCUGCACAU